GCCGCCGCUCCUGCCCGGGCCCCUGCUGUUGCUGCUGUCGCCUGCGCCUGCUGCCCCAACUCGGCGCCCGACUUCUUCAUGGUGUGCGGAGGUCAUGUUCGCUCCUUAGCCGGCAAACGACUUUUCUCCUCGCCUCCUCGCCCCGCAUGUUCAGGACCAAACGAUCAGCGCUCGUCCGGCGUCUGUGGAGGAGCCGUGCGCCCGGCGGCGAGGACGAGGAGGAGGGCGUGGGGGGAGGCGGCGGAGGAGGCGACGGCAGAGAAGGGGCGACGGACGGACGGGCAUAUGGGGCCGGUGGUGGUGGUGGUGGAGGCGGCGGCGCGGGCAGGGCUGGCUGCUGCCUGGGCAAGGCGGUCCGAGGUGCCAAAGGUCACCACCAUCCCCACCCCCCAACCUCGGGCGCCGGCGCGGCCGGGGGCGCCGAGGCGGAUCUGAAAGCGCUCACGCACUCGGUGCUCAAGAAACUGAAGGAGCGGCAGCUGGAGCUGCUGCUGCAGGCCGUGGAGUCCCGCGGCGGUACGCGCACCGCGUGCCUCCUGCUGCCCGGCCGCCUGGACUGCAGGCUGGGCCCGGGGGCGCCCGCCAGCGCGCAGCCCGCGCAGCCACCCUCGUCCUACUCGCUCCCCCUCCUGCUGUGCAAAGUGUUCAGGUGGCCGGAUCUCAGGCAUUCCUCGGAAGUCAAGAGGCUGUGUUGCUGUGAAUCUUACGGGAAGAUUAACCCCGAGCUGGUGUGCUGCAACCCUCAUCACCUUAGCCGACUCUGCGAACUAGAGUCUCCCCCCCCUCCUUACUCCAGAUACCCGAUGGAUUUUCUCAAACCAACUGCAGACUGUCCAGAUGCUGUGCCUUCCUCCGCCGAAACCGGGGGAACGAAUUAUCUGGCCCCUGGGGGGCUUUCAGAUUCCCAACUUCUUCUGGAGCCUGGGGAUCGGUCACACUGGUGCGUGGUGGCAUACUGGGAAGAGAAGACGAGAGUGGGGAGGCUCUACUGUGUCCAGGAGCCCUCCUUGGAUAUCUUCUAUGAUCUACCUCAGGGGAAUGGCUUUUGCCUCGGACAGCUCAAUUCAGACAACAAGAGCCAACUGGUGCAGAAGGUGCGGAGCAAAAUUGGCUGUGGCAUCCAGCUGACGCGGGAAGUGGAUGGCGUGUGGGUGUACAACCGCAGCAGUUACCCCAUCUUCAUCAAGUCCGCCACACUGGACAACCCGGACUCCAGGACGCUGUUGGUGCACAAGGUGUUCCCCGGUUUCUCCAUCAAGGCUUUCGACUACGAGAAGGCGUACAGCCUCCAGCGGCCCAACGACCACGAGUUCAUGCAGCAGCCGUGGACAGGUUUCACCGUGCAGAUCAGCUUCGUGAAGGGCUGGGGCCAGUGCUACACCCGCCAGUUCAUCAGCAGCUGCCCCUGCUGGCUGGAGGUCAUCUUUAACAGCCGGUAGCCACGUGGGCGCGAGGAGAGCUCGGAGCGUGGGGAGAGGACCGGAUGGAGCAUGAGCCGAACAGGCCACCAUUCAAACUACAUUGCUGCUAAUCUUUUCUCCUGAGUGCUUGCUUUUCAUGCAAACUCUGGUCGGUUUUAUUUGUUGCCAUUGUUUUUUUUUGUUUUUUUGUUUUGUUUUUUACUUCUCAGUCAUUCUUGUUUGUGUUUUGUUUUGUUCUUUGAGAAAUAGCUUAUGAAAUGAAACAUUGUGUUUUUUUUUUUUGUUUGUUUGUUUGUUUGUUUUUUGGAGGGGGUGUGUAGGUAUGGUUGGCAGGACCCCAGUAGGAAAAGGGGAAGCAGAAGUCAGCACCACCUCCAAACACCGUUCAAGGGAAUCGCUCCUUUCCCUUCGGAUCAGCAUUUCACUUGUCAGGAAUGGAUGUGCGAGCGAGAGUGUGUGUCUGUGAGAAUGCACUCGUGUGUGUGUGUGAACACAGAUGGGGGAAAUGACGUGCUUUCUGUGUUCCUUACGGAUGUCCCCAGCUGAGAGGCUUGCUGUUCCAGCCGUGUCUCUCUCGCACCCUUUGGACAUGCUCGGUGGGGCAGCGGCAGUACCUGGGCAGGCUGGUGGCGGGUGUCCCAACAGCUGCCAGGUUCUGCCCAGCCUGCCGAGGCCCCUACCCCGCCUCUCCCACUUUUAGGACACAGGCCUAUCCACAGGCUUCUGAGAAGCGAGUCUGCUAGAGGCUGAACCAGAACCAAUUGCUUCCAUCCUUGUUGUGCUUCCGCCUGCCACCCUGCUGCCCUCGUCAUGUCUGUCUCUUUUGGCCAUCUGCUCCUGGAUCUCUCUGAGAUGGGUUUCCUGAGGGCUGCCAGGGCAGCCCAGUCACAGUAUUGCUCACCCUGUACCCUCUCAGGCCCUUCAGCCUGUCCCUGCCUUGGUUUCAUCAGGUUUCUCCCGGACGUGGAAAGCCAGCUCAGCACACUCCUCCCCAGCUCCCCACUGUGCGUUGAGCUCUGUUAGACCAGCGAGGGGCAUCCCCUGGGAGGGACCUGCUCAGUAGCCCUCUUCCCACCAGGAAGGGUGCGGUCCAUCCUAACCGAAGGUGCCAUCCUAGGCUGACACCCAGCUCCCCUCCCAUUUCUUCCACAACUCAUACACUCGUGUGACACUUUGACACUGUUCUUAGCUCAAUGAGCAUGUUUAGACUUUAACAUAAGCUAUUUUUCUAACUACAAAGGUUUAAAUGAACAAGAGAAGCAUUCUCAUUGGAAAUUUAGCAUUGUAGUGCUUCGAGAGACAAAGGACUCCUAAAAAACCCCGAGAUUUAUUAAAGAAAAAUGUAUUUUAUGUUAUAUAUAAAUAUAUUAUUACUUGUAAAUAUAAAGACGUUUUAUAAGCAUCAUUAUUUAUGUAUUGUGCAAUGUGUAUAAACAAGAAAAAUAAAGAAAAGAUGCACUUUGCUUUAAUAUAAAUGCAAAUAACAAAUGCCAAAUUAAAAAAGAUAAACACAAGAUUGGUGUUUUUUCUAUGGGUGUUAUCACCUAGCUGAAUGUUUUUCUAAAGGAGUUUAUGUUCCAUUAAACAAUUUUUAAAAUGCA